AUGAAAUUUGUGGUGAGUGUUUACUUUGUACUAUGUUUUGCUUCUUCCCUUCUCAUUGUAAUGGCUUUAGUACAAAGCACACAUAAUAUGUUUGGAAGUGAUGAAUACCAUGUUCGUGUGGUUAAUGGAUUCACUGAUAAUUCUUCUGUGCCUUUAGUCAUUUGGUGUUCAUCUGAGGAAAUGGAUCUUGGAGGUCGUGCUUUGCAAGAACAUGAUGAGUUUAGCUGGAUUAUGAGGCCCAAUUUUUGGAGUAGCAACUAUAUGAAGUGUACAAUGAAAUGGGAUGGGACAAGGAAGAGUUUUGAUGCUUUUAAGGCUUCUAGGGACACACAACGUUGUGGAUUACUUAGGUUGUGUUCUUGGAGAGUUACACAAGAUGGGUUUUAUUUUAGUAAUGAUGAAGUGAAUUGGAGAAAGGAUUUCAUAUGGUGA